UCAAAUAGCCAGCCAGGCAGGAAAGCCCAGAGGCCAGAGGAGCGAACCUGAUCUCGGACCGAACCCACCCACGCCAGCGUCGCCGCCGGCCGCCGGGUAGACUGCAGCGAGCUGCCGGAGGGAAGAAGGGGAGAUGGCGAGCCGGCUGUGGAGGUGGUACGCGGACCGGCAGUUCCAUAAGUGGGAGAAGACGGUGCUGUGGGACAUGCUGGAGCCCUACCGCCCGCCGCGCUCCUUCGCGCCGCUCGUCGGCACCUACGUCGCCGCCUUCUACACCGCCGUCGUCGGCGCCGCCGUCACCGAGCAGCUCUACAAGGAGAAGUACUGGGAGGACCACCCGGGCGAGGCGGUGCCGAUCAUGCCGCCCAUGUUCUACUGGGGGCCAUGGAGGGUGGUGAACGGAGAGGUUCCCCGCUUCAUCCAGACGCCCGAGGAAGCUAAGCCGGCAUAGAACUGCUUGGAGAUCGCUGGGGAUGCUGUGAGAUGCUUGUUAUUCUCCUUUCUCUUGAUCGGAGGUCUCUCAUAAGUAACUCACUGUUUGCUGUGUAGCUAUGGCAUUGCUGCAUCUCUUGUAAUUUACAUUCUGGUGAUUGUGCAGCGACGUGAAUCAUAAUGGUCUUUUACGUAUGCUUGUUUGCAUGAAUAAAUUGAUCGGUGGCACUUCUGUUGCGGAGCA